GCGCGGAGAGAGGCGUCGUCCCCGCCGCAGAGGCUGCUGCGAGGCGCCUUCGUCCCCGCCCGGUCGCCCGCCGCUCCCCGCCCCGCUCUUCCCACUGGUUGUUGGUUGAGGCCGCGCGGAUGAAGCCGGCUCAGGUUCCCAUGGCAUUUGCAGAAAUGCUUAUGGACCCUGUACAGGUGAAUGGAGGAUGUGAGAGACCUUCAUCCACCCCAGUUAUCACUCUGAUGGUUUUGCCACUCCCAUGUAAAGAAUGGUGGUGUCCUGAGAUUGUUCACCUGGUCUUCUCCCUCCCUUGGGUCUAAAGUCCCUGUGUCUCAACAAAGCCCAGGGUUUUGAACUGAGCCCUGGAUUCCAUGGAGCGUUUCCCAUUUCUGACAACUGAUGGGGGGCUUGUGGUUUUCACAGACGUGGCCAUACAUUUCUCCCAGGAGGAAUGGGGGCUCCUUGAUGAGGCUCAGAGAAGCCUGUACCACAGUGUGAUGCUGGAGAACUUGGCACUUUUGUCAUCACUGGGUUGCUGGCAUGGAGCCCAGGAUGAGGAGGCCCCUUCAGAGCAAGGUGAUUCUGUAGGAGGGUCACAGGUCAGGACUCCAAAGCAAGCCCCAUCCAUCCAGAAGUCCCAGCCCUGGGAGACGUGUAGCUUGCUCUUGAAAGACCUUUUGCGCUUGGCUGAGCAUGGUGGAGCAUACCCUGAGCGAGGCCUGCACAUUUGUGGUGAAAAGCAUGUCCAGCACCAAAAGCAUCAAAUUAGAGAGAAUCCUUCCAGAAGUGAUGAGGGGAGGCCUUCAUUUGUGAAGAACUGCAGAGGUCACAUGACAGAGACGACCUUUACGUGCAGGGAAGGUGGGAAGGACUUCCCAGCCAGCUCAGGCCUUCUCCAACUACAGCUUCCUCAUGUUGUAGGAAAGCCACACUGGGACACAGCAGGUGGAGAGGGCUUUCAGAAUGAACAGAAUUAUUAUAAGUGCACCCAGUGUGGGAAAACCUUCAGUCAUAAACAUAUACUUGUUGACCAUGAGAAAAUACACACUGGAGAAAAGUUUUAUGAGUACAGGGAAUGCGGGAAGGCCUUCCGUAGAAAGUUCCACCUCCAUCAGCACCAGAAGGGCCAUGAUGAAGGUCAGCUUUAUGAGAACCCAGAAUGUGGAGGAUUCUUUACACAGAUACCUGGCCUCAGUGACCACCAGGGUAUUCACACCAGGCCGAGGCCUUUUGAGUGCAACCAAUGUGGGAAGGGUUUCCUUAGACUGUCCCAACUUGUUGGUCACCAGAAAAUCCACACAGGAGAAAGACCUUAUGGUUGUAGUGAAUGUGGAAAAUUUUUUAGAAAUCGCUCUACACUCAUUCGACAUCAGAGAGUUCACACUGGAGAAAGGCCUUAUGAGUGCGGUGAAUGUGGGAAAGCUUUCACCCGCAAACAUAAACUUGUUGAGCAUCAGAAAAUCCACAGUGGUGAAAAGCCUUACGAGUGCGGUGAAUGUGGGAAAGCCUUCAGCCGCAAAGACAAAAUUGUUGAACACCAGAAAAUCCACACUGGAGAGAGGCCUUAUAAGUGCAGUGAAUGUGGGAAAGCUUUCAGCCUUAAACAUAAACUUGUUGAGCACCAGAAAAUCCACACCGGAGUAAGGGCUUAUGAGUGUAGAGAAUGUGGGAAAUUCUUUAUGGGCAGCUCCUCACUCAUUAUUCAUCAGAGAGUUCACACUGGAGAAAGGCCUUAUGAGUGUGACAAAUGUGGGAAAUUCUUUAAGUACCGUUUCACACUUAUUAGACACCAGAGAACUCACACUGGAGAAAGGCCUGAUGAGUGCAGCAAUGUAGGAAAUCCUUUAGUUGCAACUCCACACUCAUUUGAUGUCAGGCAAAUCACAGUAGAGAAAUGCAUAUGACUGCAGCUAAAGUGGGAAGUUUUGGUGGUACGGCUCCAGUCUCGUUACAGAACAGAGUUCACACUGACAUGAGUCCUUCUAAGAAUGGCGAGUAUGGGGACAUCUUUAUUUGCAACUCUGGCCCCGUUAAACACUCGAAUUUGCAGCAAUGGAGAAAUGCCUUAUGAUUGCAGUGAAUGUGGGAGAGUCUGUCGACUUAUGUCAUUUUAUACUUAUUUGGCAUUUCUUUAAUUUUUAUAUGUACUUGGAAUCCUACAGUAUACUUUUGCGUGGCUGCUUUUCAUUCUGUUUUUACAUAAAUGGAAUCCUAAAGUGUAUCCCUGCGUGGCUCUUUUGAGACAUACCCUGUUGUGUUCAUUCCAUUUUAUUGCUGAGUGGUAUUCCAUUGGGUGUAUAUGACACAAGGUGUUUAUCUGUUAAUGGACAUGUAGGUUGUUUCUAGUGUAGACCUAUUACCAGAACAACUGCGAGCAUUCGUAUAUAAGUAAAUACCUGAGAGUGGAGUGUUGCUCAGAGAUGAAUGUUUAACCUCUUAAGAAUUGGCCAAAUUGAUUUCCAGUGUGAAUGUGCCAUUUUAUAUUCCCAACAGGUGUAUAUAAGAGUUCCAUUUGGAACACAUCUUUGUCAAUUAUAGGUAUAGCCUGUCUUUUAAAUUAAAAUAAAUGUGUCAUAGUCUUAUUUUAGUCUGCGUUUCUGUAAUAACUAGUGAUAUUGAGCAUUUUUUAUGUACUUUAUUGUUUUUGGCAAAGUGUCUAAGUUUAUUAGCUUCAUUAUUAUCUAAUUAUUUCAAUAAUUUUAGACUAUUUUAGAUUUAGAGAAAAGUUACUAACAUAGUACAGGGAGUUCUCAUUUAUCCCACACCCAGUUUUCCCUACUAUUAGUAUGUUAUAUCAAUAUAGUACAUUUUGUGCAAUUGAUAAUUGAAUAUUCAUACAGUAUUAAUAACAAAAGACAUGCUUGAUUGAGAUUUCCUUAGUUUUUAUCAAAAUCAAUUUUCUGUCCCAGGAUCCCUUCUGGGAUAUCACAUUACAUUUAGCCCUCACGUCUCCUGAGGCUCCUCAUGGUUGUGACAGUUUCCUUGUUUUUAGUAACCUUGACAGCUGUUGUGUUUGUUUGUUUUUAAGAUUUAUUUAUUUUAGAGAGAGCAGGGGGAGGGGGCAGCUGGAGAAGUAUAGAGAGACUCUCAAGCUGACUUCCCACUGAGAGCGGAGCCCAGCGUGGGGCUGGAUCCCACAACCCUGAGAUCAUGACCUGAGCCAAAGUCGAGAGUCAGAUGCGCAACCCACUGAGCCACCCAGGCGCCCCUGACAGUUUUUGUAUUGGUGAUAAAAUAUAGAUAACAUAAAAUUUACUCUUUUAAUCAUUUUUCAGUGUACAAUUUAAUGGCCUUAAGUACAUUGACAAUAUCAUAUUACCAUCACCACUAUUUCUAGAACUUGUUCAUCAUUCCUAGUAGAAACUCUACCCAGUGAACAAUCCCCAUUCCUCCCCGCAUGUCCAGCCUCUGUAAUCUAUAUUAUACUUUCCAUUUCGGUGAAUUUUCUUAUUCUAGAUACAUCAUGUAAGGGAAAUCAUACAGUAUUUGUCCUUUUGUGCCUGCCUCACGCACAUUUGCAAGGUUCAUUCGUGUUGUAAUAAUAUGUAUGAAACUUUCCUUCCUUUCUAAGACUGAAUAAUAUUUCAUUGUAUAUAUUUGCAACUUUGUGGUUUUCCAGUCAUCUGUUGAUAGAUAUGUGAAUUGUUUCCACCUUUUGGCGAUUGCCAGAAGUACUGCUCUGAGCAUUGAUGUGCAAAUAUCUUAGUCACUGCAUUCACCUUUUUUUUGGGGGGGGGCAGGGAGUAUAUAAAGAAUUAGCAUUGCUCUGGGAGAUAAGAAUCAUAUGGUAAUUCGAAAUUUUCAGGAUCCACUGAAGUGUUAGCACCAAAAUUGCAAGCUUAAAUAUUUUCUUAUGUCCAGUGGCCUUACAUUAUUCUUGGUUUUCUUUUGCUGUGCUCCUCAAACUUUAGCUUCUGUCAGAAUCCCAUGAACACAGAUUGCUGAGUUCCACCCGCAAAGGUUCUCAUUGAGUCAGAAAUAGGAAGAAGAAUUCACUUUUUUUUUUUUGAAGAUUCUAUUUAUUCGUCAGAGAGAAAGUGCACAAGCAAGGGGAAUGGCAGGCAGAGGGAGAAGCAGGAUCCCUGCUGAGCAAGGAGCCUGAUGGAGGACUCAAUCCCAGGCCUAAGCCAAGGCAAACACUUAGCCAACUGAGCCACCAAGGCAUCCCUGAGACAUCACAUUUCUAACAAGUUCCCAGUUGACGUUGUUGUUACUGUGUACAGACCACAUUUUGAGGACUGUCGUCUCAUUCCAUUUUGAUAAUAUUGCACGUAUUCUGUAUACAUUACUUGUUUCCAUAUAUACUAUUCCGUAGUCCUUUUCAUUGCAUUGAUUCAUUCCUUCAGGAUUUACAACUAGGAAAGUCGUUGGUAUCUUUCUUAAAUAUAAAUCUACAAAAUAGCAAACCAAAGUCACCAUGAAGCAGUUGCAUACUGUCUCCCUUGAUAUUUUCCAGUCCAGUUCUUUCUAGAUAAUUUGCUAGCAUGUAAUCUUGUAUGAGAAUAUAUUUUAGUAAGGCUAAACUAAAUAUUAAGGGAUUCAUGUUAAAGCUCAAAAAUAGAGUAAUUAAUUUACUUAUGGACCUGAUCCCCCUCCCAGGCAGUCAAAUCCCUCUCAGUGGACUGGUGAGCUGUCAGGGAUUUUGCUUCUUUUUUGCACUUCUUAUCUUCAUGUGUCGUUUCCCCUGAUCUCACCUGUUAAUGGGUUCUACUGCAGCAAGUAAGUUCUCUUUUGGACAUAAUAUAUCAGAAUUUGUGCUGCUGUGAAUAAUUAUACAAAGCCAUAAAUUGUCUCAUGGGACUUGGGGAAUUUGAUUGGGACUCUCCAUUUUGCUAUAAUGUUAUAAUAAAAAACACCAACAAAAAAGUUUUAGUACUCCCCAAAAUAAGCAAGACUGUAUUAUGUAUCAGAGCUGUAUCAUGUAUAAACAACAGAAGUACUUUUAUGUGUAGACAAUGACUGAGCAAAGAGUAGAGUAAGAAAGUGAAGUUUAAGCUAAGUCGCUCAAAUUUAAGCUCAUCUACAUAUGAAGUGAUUGCCAAUAAAACUUAACCAUCUGCCUUCUACACAAAUGUCCGCCAAGGCAUUUUUCUAGAAUUUUCUCUUUUUACUUGAAUACUUUUUUUUAUGUCCUCAAAGUAUGUUUUUGCAUCAUAAAAUUUCUUAGAAACGUUUUAAAUAAUCAUUUUUCUAGUGAUAAAAAUGAAUAUAAAAUUUGCUAUUUUACUUUUAGGUGGGUUAUUUAUU